CUUCAUUUUUAAGGGGUUUUUAUCUAAAGUCUCCGAACCAGAGAGACUCACUCUGGUCCCAUCAUGACUGCGCUCCACAUCAACACAGUCUGCUUGAUAACCUCGCUGUGGGCGCUCGCUGCGUUCGGACGGGAACUCUUCGUGAUCUCGGAGACAGGCGACACUGAUUAUGGAUAUUACUACGAUUAUGCCACUGAGAGUCCAGCAGGAGAUCUCGAUUUGACAGAUUAUGACUGGUUGUACGACCUCCUGGAUGUCUCAGACGAGUGUGAUCCAAACCCGUGUCUGAACAGAGGCGCCUGUGAACACAAGGCUACCGGGGGCUUCAUGUGCUCGUGCCCUGAGCCCUACACAGGGAAGAAGUGUCAGCAAGUCAAAGACGUUUGCAGGAAUGUGAAAUGUGGCCACGGCAGCUGCGUCCUCACGUCCACAGCUCCCUUCUUCGAGUGCAAGUGCAAACCUCCAUUCCAACCACCCAGCUGCACGAAAGCUGCUCCCUGCAGACCCAGUCCCUGUCAGAACGGAGGCUCCUGCAUGAAGGGCCCCAAACGUUCCUCCUUCCAAUGUUCCUGUCCUAACGGAUACACUGGCCGAUUCUGCGAAGUGGGUCCAAAUGACUGUUACCAAGAGGACGGAGAGUUUUACCGCGGCAAGGUGAGUGUCACUGCGGAGGGGGAGGAGUGUCUAGACUGGAACUCCUACUUCAUCGCGCAGAGCGGGGGGGAUCCCUUCCAAGAGUACGCAGGCUUCGAUGGAAUCGGGCCACACAACUACUGCAGGAACCCUGAUGGAGAUGAUCAGCCCUGGUGCUUCAUUAACAAAGAUGGCAAACUGAAGUGGAACCACUGUAACGUCAGGAAAUGUUCUGCAGUUCCAGCUACCAUACCAACCACCCACGAAACAGAUCCGACUCCAGUCCAACCCACCGUCCCUCCGGCCCAGUUCUCCAAGUGUGGAAGGCCUCAGUCCGGCCGCUCGUCCAGGAUCUUCGGAGGGAGGAAGUCUCUUCCUGGGGCUCAUCCAUGGCAGGUUUCCCUGCAGACCAGAACCAAAGGCUCCUCCGAACCUUUCGGGCACAUCUGCGGCGGCAUCCUCCUCGAGUCCUGCUGGGUCCUCACUGCUGCACACUGCAUUCAAAGUGGAGUGGAAAUGCAGGUGGUGCUGGGAGGAGUGGACAUAGAGAAGGAUGAGGUAUAUGAUCAGGUCAUUCCUGUGGUGAAGGCCAUUAUGCACGAGGAAUACAGGACGACCCCCUUUGCUCUUUAUAAUGAUGUUGCCAUGCUUCAGCUGAGAGUCACAGACUCACCGUACUGUGCCAAAGAAACACGCUUUGUGAAGACGGCCUGUCUGGCAAACCAUCCCUUCAGCAGUGGGACGGAGUGUGUGAUCUCAGGAUGGGGUGCAACCGAAACACAGAAGAACGGUACCAACCAGCUGCUGGACGCUCGUGUUCUCCUGAUCUCCCAGGACAAAUGUAAAGCCCCCCACGUGUACGGGGACUCUCUGGACGACAGUAUGUUCUGUGCAGGCAACAUGAAAGGAGGCGUCGACUCCUGCCAGGGCGACUCCGGGGGCCCUCUGGUGUGCGAGAGGAACGGGACGCACUACGUCGUCGGCGUGGUGAGCUGGGGCGACGGCUGCGGCAAGAAGCACAAGCCCGGUGUCUACAGCAACGUGGGCCAUUUCACCGACUGGAUCGCUCGUCAUUUACUCUCCCAAUGAGAAUGAACCAGCGUGCUUCUGCUGCCUCCUGUACAGAUGGAAUCUAACCACCACAACGAUGACUCUCCCUCCAGUACCUCAUCAAUACACAAAUCAUGUAUACCUCACUGUGGUAAAGUCACAUUUCAGUCACAAAACACACAUGUUUUAAAUAUUUCCCCAGGGCUCCAACGUCAUUAGAUAAAAUUAUAAAGAGGGCAAAUGCAAACGUGGUGAAUGACCCUGUGACGCCUGCAGGUGAAUGCCGAGGGAGUGAGGGUUAAUCUGCGAACUGGGAGGAUGACAGUUCAAAAUACUUAUUGUCAUACCCUGGGAUUUCAGUAAUUAAUGGUUGGUUUUGUGAGAUUUCAGUUUAAUGCCAAGGAUGAAAUAUGCAAGUUUAUUUGUAUGUUUUUGACGUUUUUUAACAAACAGCAGAAACGGUGCUAUGGCAAUUUUAGGUGGUCGUCAGUAAUAAAGAGUGAAUCAAACAAA